AGAGACCUAAAUUUUGUUGUCUGCGAUGCACUUGGUGAAAAUUGGCUACCCCUGGACCUUAAGGAAAUAGAGGGAACACGGCCGAGGAAACCUUUAAGAUCCACGUGGACAGGGUGUCGCGCCUCAAGACGUUACUGCUGCUUUCUUAGACUGGAGACAGAGGAGGACGGUCUUGUCGUGAGCGGAGGGACGCGACGAGGAAGCGCACGGGGUUGGAGAUAGUGGGGAGACUGUAUCGCCCCGUAGAGCCAAGGCUAUGCACCGCACGGUGUGCAGAGAAGACGGGUGGACAGUUUACAGCCGUAGCGUCUAGUAAGAGGUAACGGGCUCCGGGUGACGUCAGCGGUCUUGGGAGGAUUUCUCAACGUCUUACAGGGAAGUAGCACCAUGGACUGCGCAUGCGUUGGGGCUCAGCCACGGUGGAUAUUUCUGAUGCUGGUUUUAGCCUUGCUACAAGCAGGUUGCCAUGGUAACCAGGGCACGCCCACCGUCCGGACCAUCCGCGUCAUGUCGGACGACACCGUGACGUUACCGGCCAGUUAUGACGUCAGCCUGCCCGUCAUCGCGGUCACGUGGAACAAGCUGGAGGGUCCGGAGAGCGAGAGCACCCGGGUCGGGGUCUACAUGUACUCACCCAGAGCUAACGGUUCCCUGUCCAUGUCGCUGGGCCCGCUGAAAGGCCGCGCCAUUCUGCACCCGAACGGCUCUCUAGUUCUCACCAUCUCUAACGUCAUUCACUCACAAAUAACUAACGGUUCCCUGUCCAUGUCGUUGGGCCCGCUGAAAGGCCGAGCCAUUCUGCACCCAAACGGUUCUCUUACCAUCAAUGACGUCAGCGUGAAGGACGAGGGACAGUACGUCAUGACCACGCUAGUGGACGGGCUGGGUCAGGAGGAGACCUACGUGUACCUGGAGGUUAUAGUGCCCCCUACGGUGACCGUGGGACUGCAGAUCCCGCUGAAGGUUCCCGUGAACACCAGCGUGACCUUGAACUGCACCGUCAGCAAGAAGAAGGCGAUGGUGAAGAAGGUCAUGUGGCUCAAAGAUGGCCGCUCGGUUCCCUCACACAUCAAACGGCGCGAACUGGAGGACACGUCACACUACAGGUAA